ACUACUAUGUAAUGUUAGGACUUGAUCAAAAAUUAUCAAUCAGUUUGAAUCAGUUAACAGAAACUUUGAUAGUUUCAGAGAAAUCGAUUGAGAAAUUUAAAAAAUCACAUAAAACGCCCCCGCAUGCGAAUAAACGAAUGGUCACGUCUUAAUUCGGCGGUUUGAUUGGAGCCGAAGUAGUUUUUUAUGGCGUCUGACACAUUCCGUCAAUUUAUCAGCGAAAGUUAUCUAAACACUUGUAUCAACAUCAUAAAAAAUAAUAAUUAGGUGUUAUUUUAGACUAAAAUGGGGGAAACGGAUAUACAUACUUCUUAUUAAUGUCACCCAUUAUUUACAUAAAUGCAACCGUUGACGCAUUAAAAGAGAAAUUUGACGUGUGCCAUCACUCACUUUCCUACUGUCAUCGUUCCUAUUAGGUUUAUAAUAGAUUUUUUUAUUGAGUUUGCUGUUUACAUAAUAAACAUUAGCAGAUAUGUCCUCCGAAGAUUUCCAAGAUGAACCGGUAACGGUGGAUGUAAUGAUAUUAGAUACUAAAAGCGAAAGUUCCGUGGAACCACCUAUAGAGGAAUGGCCGUCAUUGGUAAUAUCCAUUCCAGAAGAAAAUAAUAAACGUGCUAUGUAUAAAACAGAUCUAUAUAGUCCUGGUAGUGGCGAAAUAUGUACGAAAUACAUUAGCAUGUCCGAUAGUUCAAUUUUUAGACAUCCUUAUUAUAACUACCCAGCAGUUCUUGAUCCCGGCAUAGAAAAUGCUCUAUUUGCUGUUGACGAAAAGAAAAUAUAUCCUGAUGAUGGCCAAGAGUUAUACGUGGCUGUCUGCAAAGACAUGAAUCAACAUUGCGUCAAAAUUUUCCAAAAGGGUUUACUCGAAGAAGUUAUCGAUUUGAAGUAUUACUGUGUUAAUUCAGCUGGUGUUCGUCCAAUGGCUAUAGCUUUGCAACAUAAUAAAUACGUUAAAAUUUUAAAUGUAACUGAUAACUUUUUGAAUGAAGACGCCUGUUACCAUCUCGGCGAAAUGCUUACCACCAAUUGUUGCCUCUGUGAGCUGAUUUUAUCUGGUUGUAGAAUAGGACCAGCGGGUGCAAGGCGAUUAUUCGCUGGGUUGGCAGUAAAUAGAGCUCUUAAAAUACUUGAUUUAAGUAGAAAUCAACUAGGAGACACUGCUAUGGAAUAUAUAGCAAAUGCAAUUGUUCUUGGCCUCGACGUUAAGAAAAUAUAUUUGAGUUAUAAUAAUAUAAGUGGGAAAGGUGUUGGUGUUCUAGCAGAGGCAUUUCAAACACACAAUAAAUUUACUCAUUUAGACCUCUCAUGGAACAAUCUGUUUUCUCCUUUAGGCGUCUACAAUUUUCUUAGCAGUUUAUCAGAGAAUAAGUUCCUUCAAGAAUUGAAUCUCACAUGGAACUCUAUGUCUGGACCUCGACUUGGUACUGCCAUCAAAAAUUGUAUGGUAGCUCCAAAUUUGCGCCAUUUAAACCUAAGUAACAAUAAAUUGUCAGGGGAAGCCAUUACGAACUUGAUUGGUAAUAUGAGUAAAGCUAAAAAAUUAGUUACACUAGAUUUAUCUUACAAUCCAAUGACCCCAGAUGAUGCUCUAUUAGUGCUUACUAAAAUGAAAUCGCCUGCUGUUAAAUUACAGACACUUCUCAUGAAUAACGUGUUCGUAAAUAGUAAUUUUUUGGAUUUACUACAACAACUUAAAGAAAUGAAAUCGAAGAGGAAUACAGUUGUAACUUAUGGUGGCUCUAUCAACUAUUUCAAACCACAAGGUGUUAAUAUCAGGGAAUUGGUACUAAACCGUGCGGAGUAUUUAGCUAAAAAGUCGAGAAAACAUCCGGUAGAUAUAGCUCUUGUUGCAUUACAAUUAUUGAAAGAUAAAUAUGUAAUUAUGUCUGCUAAAGACUUUUCAACGGCUAUAUCCAAGUCUGGAGCUCCUCUGGAUGAUGAUCUUAUUGAUGAGAUAGUGAAUGCAUUUGCUGGACCUAAAUUGGCAAAAUCAAAAACCAUAGAUAUACGACUAUUGGCGGAUUAUGUUAAGAGGAAAUGGCCGGAACGGCAGUUGCCUCCGUCGCCGCUUCCUGAACCAGAACCUGAGCCUAUACCAAAACCUGUUAAAAAUCUGAAGGCAGGUAAAGGAGGCAAAAAAGGAAAGAAGUAAUUGUAUCUUUAAUUGUAACUUUACUGUUCUAUUCACAUAUAAAACUCGUUGUAACUAUUUUUAUAGAAAUAUUAUAUUAAUGUAACUAUAUUUUAAUUACUUUGUUGUUAUUCAGCUAUGCCUUUGUUUUUUAAGAUUGAUUUGACUUUUUUUUUUUAUUUAAGAAAACUUGUAUUUAUUUAAUAAAAUGUUUAAUAAAAGUUAUUAUUUCGUUUUAGAUAUAUAUGUAAUUAUAGUGAGUCGAGUCUAUGUUCCAAAUUCAAAAUUGACUUUCCAAGAAUUAGACCUAUCAUGGAACUUAUUGAGUCAGCGUGUAAGCAAUUGUACGAAAAUGUUUUUAACUAACUAAAAUAUGCAUCGGCUCUGUCUUUGUAACAAUAAACAAGAAGGCGUUGCUCUUAAAUCCAUAGCAGUUACUCUAAAUAAAGCAGUAAAACUGGAAACCUUAAAGUUAUUUUAAAAUCCUUUGACGCCUGUAGAUCCGCUAACUUCACUUUUGCGUCUGAAAGAUCGCUUAGUAAAAUUACAGCGCCUUGUUCUCGAUAAUAUAUUUGUAACUAAAGAAUUUUUAGACGUACGAGACGAGAUACUCUCGUACAAGUUUCGGAAGAAUACAGUUAUUACUUGGGGUGGGUUAAAGUCCAAUUUCUUGCCUUAUUAUUAAACAGAGCUGAGACUAUUUGUACUAAAUCAACGAAAAAUGUUGUCGAUAUAGCUCUAAUUAUUAUGCAGAUGUACAAAACAGAUAAAGUGCAGACAUAACCUUCAAGAAAAGAGUAUAUUCCUUUUUAAAAGGCCGGCAGCACACCUGCAAUGCCGCUGAUGUUGUGGGUGAUCAUGGGCGGCGGUAGUCACUUACCAUCAGGUGAGCCGCAUGCUCGUUUGCCCCCUGUGCUGUAAAAAAAAAAAAAAGGUCCAAAGGAAUUUAGUCGCAAAGUCAGGAGUCAAGUGCAUAACUAGAGACUUAAUAGAAGAAUUUGCUAAUAUUUUUGCUGGACCAAUUUUGUCGUCCGAUCGCAAACAAUAUCCAACUCCGUUUACUGAAACACCUAAAAUAGAAAUAUCUCCUAAAAAAAGACAAAAAGAAAGAGUAGUUUUGCGAGUUGAGAAACUAUUUAAGAAUUUAGUGACUGCAUAUACAUAGUUUAGGUACAGAUUGUGUUUCCUAGAAUUAUUCUAAUUGUUUCUUGUUAUAUUAUUUUAAUAAAUAAAUUGUGGCAUGUUCCCAGGGUUUAAAUAUCUCGCAUCGUGAGGUCUGCCUGUUCUACAAUAGUCUAAACGAGUGAUUUACAUCACCGACACAAAGAAGAGCGCGUGAUCUGUGCCCAUUGUGGUACGGCACGGUGUGCAUAAUAAGUUGUGCAUGCAAAUAUAUCUUGAAAGUGUUCACGUUCUGCAAGGUGAUAGUUAGGGAUUUACAAUUGUGAUUUACAUCGUUAUGGCCGGGCUGGUUAUAUUGUGUCCACUGUCAAAUACAGCGCGAUAUAAGAAUUAUGCUUAAAUUCGUAGCUUUUAAGUUAUUCGUGUGGUCACUAGGUAACUUCAUUACAUUACUGUAUACAUAUUAUUUUUAAAAAUUAUGUUCAUUUGUUAGCGAUGUAUAUAAGAAAGACGGCAUGCUGUGAUGCACGCUGUACGUCCGCUAAAGAAGACUUUCGGAUGAAGUCGAAACAAUUGUCGGAAACGAAUAACAGCAAAAUUAUAAAAUUCUCGUUAAUUGCGAUAAAUUGUGUCAAAUAAUGAUAAUGGACUAUUUUUUUUUAGAAAAUGGUCUUGAACAAACUAGGUAAUAAGUGCGUUAUUAAUUUUUAGGUUUUCCCUAGUGGCUAUAGUUUGCGGUUCUUCAAAAAGGGUAUACGAGGUUUCUUUAGAGUCACAAACACGCACGUGACACCCCUGGUGUUGCAUUCGUCCAUAGACAACAGUGACCGUUUACCAUUAGACGGAUUGUAUGCUUGUUUACCAUCUUUAACAAUAAUAAUAACUAUAAAGUUAUACCAAAAGUGUAACUGAAGAAUUGAAAUCGUAAAAAUAAAUUAUUAAAAUCAAUUUCCCAACCAUCAAAGUAUUGUAUUCACACAACCUGUUUCAUAUAAAAGUUAUUACAGUUAUUGUAAAUUACUGGAACUUAAUUUUGUAACUUGGUUUGAACGAGUCUGUCUAAAAAUGUAGAAGGACACGGCACCUGAUAUAGAAUGUAAAGUUGAAAGAUGCAGAUAUUUGAGAUGACCUAGACGAGACAAGAGAGGUAACAGACACCUUUCAAGGAGACGACCUUCAGUAAUGAAGUGGAGGAAGAGAGAGAGACGAAUUUAUCUAUCAUCGUCGUUAUAGAGCUAGUAAUAUCAAUUUUACCAGAGGGAGACUUUGUACAAAAGUCGUUUGCUCGGGUACCUCUGCCCCAUUCGUGUUUCAACCGUAAAGCAGCUGUGUUUGCAUGGCUGUGUUUCGGUUUGAAGGGUGGGAUAUAGCGUGA